AUGGUUGAACGUUUGCAUAGACAGUUAAAAGCAGCGCUUAUGUGCCAUCAUAGUGAAUCUUGGCUUCCAAUUGUACUUCUUGGAAUUCGCACAGCUUUCAAGGAAGAUUUACAGGCAUCCAUAGCAGAAAUCGUAUACGGUCAGACACUUCGUUUACCUGGUGAAAUGCUAACUCGCCAGAAUGAAGCUGAGCGACAAGAAGAUGCAUCUAGCUUCGUAGUACGUUUGAGACGGUAUAUGGCUGACCUUCGUCCAGUUCCUGCUUCUCACCAUUCGACCCCCAAGGUUUUUGUUUUUCAAGACCUUGCAACAUGUUCCCACGUUUUCCUGAGGGACGACACAGUACGACGAUCCCUUCAACCUCCAUAUACCGGACCCUACGCUGUCAUUCGUAGAGAUUCCAAGACCGUCACCAUCCGAUACAAAGGAUCUGAAAUGCGCGUGAGUAUGGAUCGCGUUAAACCUGCGUAUCUCCUCGAUGUCGAUACUACACCAAGCCCCAUACCCGCUACGAAACCAUCCAACACCCAUCCAACAACGCCACCAAGUUCGACUGUACAACCCUAUGUGACCCGUGCCGGCCGCCACGUUCGUUUUCGUCUGCCCUGA